UGAUGUUCUGGUCGGUGGUUGCAAAGUGUGGAAACCUGGUGUCAAGCUUGAUGCCUCCAUGUGGGCCACCCUUCGACCAAGGGCGACCUUAUCAGUUAUUCCUGGUACCUAGGAGAAUUGUUGACAGUUACUAUUAAUUUCUUGACCCUGUCAGAGGCCCCUCCACCUAAAUCACUAUGCCUCCAAAGCGAGAGCGGACGGUACCGGGUUCCUGUUGGCCAUGCAAACAGCGCCGGGUCAAAUGCGACCUGGUGCAGCCGCGAUGCCGACGGUGUACUCUAGCCGGCUCCAAGUGCUGCUAUGACAAGAUCCUGGUGCGUUGGAAUGCACGCCCGACCAGGGGGACUCCCGUCACGUACCAGUUGCCUACGGUCGGCCUCUUGGGCAGUCUCCCGCCCGAUACAUCUCUCGCCAAGGGGGAUCUCCGGGCGCUGGAGUACUUCCAAGCGGCACUGUGGCCCUUGUUCACUACGGCCUCUCGACCGUGCCCGCCACCCAUGUCGCUAGCGAUGGAGUCGCAGCCGGUGUUGUUGGUGAUGUGUGAGCUGGCCGAUGCCCAUCGCGCAUUGCACGAUAAGCUAUUAAAGGACCGGUCCCCGGCGGAGGAUAAACGACUCACCUGCCUGACCUCCGUCCGCAAACAGCUGCUGCAGAGCGCCUCCAAUACUGAGUCUCUCUCACGUCUCCUGGUCGCCGUGCUUCUAUUGUAUUUCCUAGACGGCUUCAUCGACUGUGCCCGGCAGUCUGCAUCCACCACGAGUCACCAAUCAGGCGUACAAGCCAUCGUGGAACACCUGGGCGGAUUUUCCUCGCUCAUCGGCAAAGGCCAGAAGGACACCAACAUGUUGAUGUCCGAAUUUGCGUCCACAGAUUUGACCAGAUCGCUGCUGGACGACCGCGCGCCCUGCGUCCCCGCCGACAUCUGGAAUCGGAUUGAAACGGGCACCGUCUGGUGGGAGAAGCAGCGAUACGGGGAGACCACGCUGGCUGCCGUCUUCGGAGUGAUAUCCGAAAUGGCCUUUUACCGACACUCAGUCCAAAUGGACCGCAUGGAGCCGUCCAUGGAAAAGAUUCGGGAGUUCGAAUCCCGUCUCCAACCGACUUCCAUCAUCCUCGCUCUCGAUCACCUCCGCAUGCCUGAUCCGUACGUCGUCCCGGAGUCGGACGCUGACCAGACGAUGCAACCCAUGGCCUUCACGAGAGCUUUCCAGCAUGCUGCUCUCAUUUAUCUCUACCGCGCCAUCUGUGGCUUGCCCGCGCGUCACUGUCUCGUCCAGCAGCACGUGCAGCACUGCUUGACCUGCAUCAUGGGCAUCAGCACCAGCUGCAAGGCCCACAACUGUGUCAUCUUUCCCCUGUAUGUCAGUGGAGCGCAUGCCUUUGGUGUAGAGCAGCAGAGCUUCGUACUGAACAAGCUGGAUACCAUCUACGGGACUCUUCGCUUCAAUUCCCUGCUUUCAAUUCGCGCCGCCCUGGAGGACCUCUGGGCUUCACCUGCCCACGAUGGUCAAUGGUCCGCCAUGUUCACCAGCCUUGGCCAGGAUGUGCUUGUGCUCUGAUUGUAAUUGCAAAUGUGUAUGUACUUGCUAUGAUCCGAUGAAUGAUGAGAUUGUUUUCUACUUCUAAAAGGUGGGUCUGCCUAAAGAUACCUUGUUCCCUGGGUGUCCUCGAACCGUCAAUAGGCUUAAGAUGUCUACUUCUGGCCAACCUCGCCAUGCUCCUAUUGGCGCUGUCAACAUAUUUAAGCAAAGAUAUGUGUUUAAGUUAUUUUUCCAUGGUGUACGCUUAUGGAACUCAUGUUAAUUCCUCCCGGGUUACUGCUAGAAGCAUCCUUGAGGACACAACAAAUGCAUGUCCUAGGAAGGAGCAAGAAUGCUGAAUCCCUAGUGGCAUAUCUUUUUACCGGUAUGUCACAUCAAGUACAAGAACUGUAAAUCCUAAAAGUCAGCCAGCGAGUUUGAUGCUUAUCACUGUUGUCUCCACACCUUCGGUUGUUUUUCACUUGCAUCAACUGCCUACAU